AGUGGUAAUGGAUGAGGAGACCCCCAAGGUGAGGAAGAAGAAGACCAAGCAACAGAGAUUUAGCUGGACUUGACCAAAGAAAGUGAAAAGAAUCAGUCAGAAGAAAACAUCAUUAGGCCUUCCUCCACAUUUAUUGAAGUAUAAAUAAGCUGAAGUUGAAGCAGAUGGCUUUAGCAGACAGGAUACGUGAGAAAUACAAUGAUGUGCCCAAAAGCUACAACGUAUCGCCUCGAAUAAUGUUCGCAGUAGAAAACUCGAGCUGUAAAGUUUCUAAGCCUAUCAAGAUCGAUGGAGUGGCUUACCCAAACUGUUUCUUACUUCGGGAGAGAGCCGUCCAGAGACAAGAGAAAGCCAAGGAUAUCUCAGAGAGCGAAGAUGAAGAAGAGCAAGACUACAAGUUCAGAAUGGGCACAUUCAAAGAGAAAGCCAAAACUACACGAAAUGUUAAUAAAAAUGAUGACACUUCAUUAGUGACUGAAGAGAUCGAGGAGGAAGUUCUAGAGAAGGAAAGUGAUAAAGAAGCCAGUGCAGAGAAGAAACAAAGUAAAGCCCAGCAUGAUUCUAAACAUAUGAUUCGGAAUGCAUCCGCACCUGUGUUUUAUCCAACAGAAAUUCCUCUCCAGCCAUCAUAUUAUCCCAAUGGAGAGAUACAAGCAAAGCUAGCAGAGAGAUUACCUGAUACAAGAGUAUUUUCUUCUCCAAGGAAAGGAUCAAUGGAUAUUAUCCGCUCCAAGAGUGCUAAGAAGAGGAAAAAGAGGCUCAAACCACACUUCAUGAAAAAACCUUCUCUCGAUAUUUAUCUCAAGAGGAUCAAGGAAUAUAACAAACAGAAAGCUGAAAGUCCUAGAAGACCUAAGUCAAGCAAGAGAAACGUGAUUGUUAUCAAGAGGGAACAUAUGGCUACUGUUUGAAAAUAGGAGUUACCCAGGAUAUAAAGAAUUUGUUGAGAAAGUUAAGAAGAGCCAAGCCGAUCGGAAGCUUGACCGGAUUGAAAAACCACUGAAGGACAUGAAUCUUAAUGAGUACUAUAGGCAUUUCUUUACCAGGAAAUAUGGCCUAACUUUGACAAAGGAAGAUGAACCGGACCGCCACAUAAAGUUAUAA